CGGCCGUGAGAUCAGCACAAGCCUCCCAGCCUCCCUCCGAGCCAGACCACGGAAAGAGCAGCCCCAGAAAAUGAAGUUCCUCAUCGCCAGCCUCCUGAUCGCCUGCGCGGCCCUCGCCCAGGGCAGUGUGCUCUACUCCCCGCUGGCCUCCGUGCCCGUGGUGCGCUCCGUGCCCGUGGUGCGCUCCGUGCCCGUCGUGCGCUCCGUGCCGGUGGUGCGCUCCGUGCCCGUGGUGCGCAGUGUGCCUGUGGUGCGUCACGUGCCCGUCAUCGACUCCGUGCCGGUGGUGCCCGCCGUGGUCCGCGUGGGACACGCCUCCGUCUACGACGCUCCCCUGGUCCAGUCCUACGGCGGCUGGCUGAAGCAGAAGUAGACGGCCACCUUUCCGCGAGACGACCUUUCCCUGCAGGCAAAGCAAACUCUGAAUAAACGAGCAGAUAAACAAUCUCUGGCUUACUCUAGGGGUCAUGGGGUCGGGGUGCAGCGAAUCGAUGUGGCUAAAGGCCGAUUGACGGGCUGUAAUACCAGCUGUCCCCGAAAUAUGAAAGCUGCUCUCCAAGAG